GCUCUCUUGUCUUGCUCCAUUCAGUCAGAGCAGCGGCAGCGCAAGUGCUGAGCGUGGCUGCCUCCCCGCGACCGCUCCGCUAUUCCCGCCCGCUUUACCUGUACCAACACCGCGGGGAAGUCGUCCUCCCAACCUCCGCUGUUCUCGCUGGUUCUCCCUCCGGGCCUUCCAGCCGGCCAAGACUUCUUCCUGAGAUCCUGUCAUCUUGAAAGUAAAUGAUGAAGCUGCUGUAUAUUGUACCUUUUCUUAUGCUUGCCUUCACUAUGAUGGAAGCCCGUCCAAAACUCUUAGCAACUAAAUGUAAGACUGGUCCAUUGGACAUUGUCUUUGUGAUUGACAGCUCACGUAGCGUCCGUCCCUUUGAGUUUGAGACCAUGCGGCGCUUCAUGAUUGACAUCAUCCAUAACUUGGAUAUAGGGCCUAAUGCCACCCGGGUUGGGGUGAUUCAAUACUCUAGCCAAGUCCAGAAUGUCUUCUCUCUCAAGUCCUUCUUCACCCGGGCUGAAAUGGAGAAGGCUAUCAAUAGCAUUGUCCCCUUGGCUCAAGGCACAAUGACAGGCUUGGCUAUCCAAUACACCAUGAAUGUGGCCUUUACCAUACAGGAGGGGGCCCGGCCACUUCACAGGAAGGUUCCCCGUGUGGCUGUGAUUGUAACUGAUGGACGGCCCCAGGACCGUGUGACUGAGGUGGCUGCUCAGGCACGAGCAGCUGGCAUUGAGAUCUAUGCUGUGGGUGUGCAGCGAGCAGACAAGAACUCUUUGAGGGCCAUGGCUUCUCCCCCACUGGAGGAACAUGUGUUCUUGGUAGAGUCCUUUGAUCUCAUCCAACAGUUUGGCAAGCAGUUCCAGGACAAGUUAUGUGGUGUUGAUAUGUGCACAGAACUUGAUCAUGGCUGCCAGCAUACGUGUGUCAGUAUCUCGAGCUCCUUUUAUUGCCAGUGUAAACCAGGAUACAAACUCAAUGCUGAUGGAAAAACAUGCACAAUCAUCGAUGCUUGUGCUAAUGAGAGACAUGGCUGUGAGCACCAGUGUGUUAGUUCACGUGGUACCUUCACUUGCCGUUGCCAGACAGGCUAUCAACUCAACCAAGACAAAAAGACCUGUAGCAUGAUUAAUUUCUGCAAUUUCAGCAACCACAGUUGCCAGCAUGACUGUGUUAAUAUAGUCAAUGGAUAUUACUGCCGGUGUCGUGAUGGCUUCACUUUGCAGGCAGAUGGCAAGACGUGCCAAGCCAAUGACCUCUGCAAUACCGUAGAGCAUGGAUGUGAAUUUAAAUGCCUCAGUACCUCUGGUUCUUACCGCUGUGUUUGCCCAGAAGGUCAGCAACUGCAGGCAGAUAAGAAGACCUGUAACAAGUGCAAAGCUGGGCACAUUGAUUUGGUGAUGGUGAUCGAUGGCUCCAAGAGUGUCCGGCCCCAGAAUUUUGAGCUGGUGAAACAGUUUGUCAACCAGAUAGUGGAUUUCCUGGAUGUGUCCCCUCAAGGCACCCAUGUGGGGCUGGUCCAGUACUCCAGCCAAGUGCGCACUGAGUUCCCACUCAACAAAUUCACAACAGCAGGUGAUGUCAAGAAAGCUGUGCAAAGGGUACAAUACAUGGAGAAGGGCACCAUGACUGGCCUAGCCCUCAAGCACAUGUUGGAACACAGCUUCUCUGAGGCAGAAGGUGCCCGACCUCUUUCCCAGAAUGUUCCCAGGAUUGGCCUGGUCUUUACUGAUGGACGCUCUCAGGAUGACAUCUCAGAAUGGGCUAGAAGAGCAAAGGAAUUAGGAAUCAUCAUGUUUGCAGUUGGUGUUGGUAAAGCUGUUGAGGAAGAGCUGAGAGAAAUUGCUUCUGAGCCAGUGGAUCAACAUUUUUCGUACUCAGCAGAUUUCAACACUAUGACUCAUAUAGUUGACAAUCUCAAACUCAAUAUCUGCCCAGAAGAGGGCAAAGGAGAAACUGAAAUCCGUAGCCCAUGUGAAUGUGCGGCUCUCGUACAGUUCCAGUCAAACACUCUUGCAAUCCUAGAAGAUCUCACCAAUAAAAUCGCUCAGAUGACUGCCAGACUUGACCAUUUGGAAAACCAGAUUGCCAACAAAAAAUGAUUGUCACAUAAAGACACCCUGUAUUUUGGGCAAAGAAAUUUCCUGUACUUCAUCAUUGGCACACCAAGACUGGUUGUAAUGGUUAUCUACUCAGGAUCUUGAGUAGAACUCUUUUUCCUCUAGAUUGUUUAAAUUAUAAAAAACACUUUAAAUGGUUUUAUUUUUCUUUUGGUGAGAUGAGUAAUUGGGACUGAACUCUAACAAAACUGAUUGAGUCUUGGUAAGUGGACAUUUCAGAGAAGGAAAAGGAAGUGAAAUAUAUAGUGUUUUUAAAAGCUGCUGGGAUUCUUCAAUAAUGACCAAUUUUUUCUUAAGGAAUUUGGAGCAAACCCAGGAGUCUUGAUUUGCAAAAUGGGAUCAGGGGGUGGGGAGAUCCUUCCUUGCUAAAUCAUAUUUUCAGGAUAUCUAUAGGAAGAAGAGACAGCAUCACUGUCUAAUGUUUCCAAACAGAAGAAUGUGUUGAUGUUUCUCUUACUAUCUUUCACUGUGAACAGCUGAAUGCUAUUAAACAGCUUUUCUGGUCCGGUACUCUCUAAAUCUGUUGGGACUAUAAUUCCCAGAAUUCCCAGCUAGCAUCUUCUAGUUCCAACCUGUCUGGAAGUGCUGGGGCAGGGGGAAGCUGGAGUAAAACAUUCUGCUUCAAAAUACUUGCUUUUGAAAAUGGAUCUUUAUUUA